AUGACAGCCUUCGACUAUGAACCGAAGGAAGGCAUUCCAUUCCAAGAUGAUGCACCGACAACGGUAACCACAACCACGUCUUCGUCCUCUUCGGGCGAGCACAACACAUUCCUAGACCUGGACGUGAUAGAAUGGCUACCCGACGACCCGGAAAACCCAUACAACUGGUCCGCCUCGAAGAAAUGGACCAUCACGGCCGUGGCCAUCAUGGCCACCUUCACCACCAUCCUGAACGGCACCAUGAUCACAGUCGCCCAUGCAGCCAUCAACGAUGAGUUUCACGUCAGCGACGACGAAUUCCCGCAUUCAUACUGGCCGGUCACGAGCUGGGCACUCGGUGGGGCGCUGUCUGGUCUGGUCAUCCUGCCUCUCAUGGAAGACUUCGGCGUCCGGCCGGCCUUUCUGACAACAUACGUGGUGUUCAUCCUGUUCAUCAUCCCGCAAGCGGUGGCCGAAAACUUUGCGACGCUGAUCGUGUCGCGGUUCUUCAGCGGCGGCUGUGUGUCGGUCCUGAGCAACACCGCGGCCGCGCUGAUCGGGAACAUUUGGGAAGGCGACCGCGCAAGGACCAUCCCCAUGUCGCUGUUCGUCACGCUCUAUCUCGCAGGGAGCAGCAUGGGCCCCGUCAUCGCCGGCAUCAUCUUCCAGACCCUCGGCUGGCGCUGGAUCUCGUACAUGCAAAUCAUCUGGUACGCGGCGCUGUUCCCCAUCUACGUCUUCUUCUUCCAGGAGAGCCGCGGCACCAUCAUCCUGCACCGCCGAGCCGUCAAGCGUCGCCGCGAAGAAGGUCACGGUCAUAGUCACACCAGCAGCGGAACACACGCCACCACUACUACCACGGGGCCCUCUACAACGAGCGCGAGCCUGGCCCGCAAACUCGCGCGCAGCACGCAACGGCCGCUGCGCAUGCUCUUCACCGAACCCGUGCUCUUCACCUUUACGCUCUGGUCGGCCUUUAUGGUCGGCACCGUGUACCUGUUCACGCAAUCCGUCGAGCAGGUCUUUUCUUCCCUGUACGCCUGGACGGCCAGCCAAGCCGGCUACGUGCAGGCGGCCAUCGUGGUGGGCGAGUGCGUGGGCUGGACGGGCGUCCUGGUCUCGGCCCGGCUGUACUUCAACUCGGCCUCGCGCAACGUCGAAGUGCCCGGAACGCCCGUGCCCGAGGCGCGCCUGUACGUCAGCGUCGUGGGCAGCUUCGUCGGCGUCGCCGGCGGCAUGUUCGUCUACGGCUGGACCGCCUGGCCUUCCGUUCCCUGGAUCGCGCCCGCCGUCGGCCUCGCCAUGGUCGGGUAUGGCGUCGAGGUCGUCGUGUUGGCCAUCGCCGACUACGUCGUCGACGCCUACGCCAUGUACGCGGGCAGUGCGGUCGCCGCCGUCGUGCUGGGCGAGAAUUUGUUCUCGGCCUUUCUCCCGCUCGCCGCCCAGGCCAUGUACUCGCGCCUGGGCCCGCGGUGGGCGAGUUCCCUGUUGGGAUUCCUGGCCUUGGGGCUGAGUUUCGCGCCCGUCGCCAUCUUGUUGUGGGGGUCCAGACUGAGGCAGCGGAGUCCGUUCAUGAAGGAGGCCAUGGUCGAGAAGAGGAGGAACGUGCAGGCGACUACGCAGUCUGUGCCUGUGCAGAUCGCGAGGGUGAGUUCGAAUGGUGGUGGUGUUGUGUAG